CAAAUGGGAAGCGAAAAGCACUUCUCGAGCCUCCAUACUACCUUAUGUGCCACGGGAGGUGGAGCGUACAAAUUUGAGCAGGACUUUCUCACAGUAGGCAUUUUUGGCUUGUAUACAAUUCGGAUUUGGCAGUGAAACUUGAAGCUUAAAGCUAGAAAUGCCCCCAGUCCUUCUCUGCAGCCUCUCAGCUUUUCUAAGCCUUAGCUUAGACUGGAAUUAAACUCAGCUCAGGAAGCAGGGUGUGGAGUCACGUUCACAUCUCUAAAUUAGGCUGUGUUCUCUCCUGAAAGCUCAUGCAACAUUCCUGUAACUCUAAAAUUGCUCCCUGCCCUCCCCGCCGUGUGCUCUUACAGGGCUUUGUAUCGCCGCUCUGCGAUUACACUCAGCUCAGUGUUCUUUCUUCCUCAUUGCUGUGUGUUCCCAUGCUUAAUUUUCACUCUUUGUUUGCUCCCAUAGCUUCGUUUCUAGCACACCUUGUGCUGCUGAUGGAGGUUCAGGCAAAUAAGGUGGUGAAUUACCUGGAAGGGGUUAGCAGUUGGAGUUUGACGUCGUCACGUGGCUCCAUUAUCAUCAGUUAGAUUCUUGUUUAUGGGUGAAGUAUGUGUCUGCUAAAUAUUUAAACAAGGCUUGAAAAAUGUACCAAAUAAAGAGGCUUUUUAAGGCACUCUCCAGGCAGUGACAUAAGGGAAGAACAAUCUUGAUUUCUCCCGCUUUGUUUUUUCUUUUCUUUCUCUCUUUGUCAAACAUUUACGCCCUAUUUAAAUCUCCUUUGCUUUUCUUGCCAGUCCCUCCGAGUCCCAGUGGGAUUGGAUUCUCCUGGCCUCCACCAAUGGUUCAGGUUGUUUAUUGCCCUCCACUUCAGGGCCAGGACAGUCAGCAGUCCACAGGGGAUGGGUGACCUUCAGCUUCGUAAGCUGGAUGAGCUCGACUGCCUUAUUAAAGGAGUCCUGUACAUCGAUUCCGUUGGGUUCAAUGGCCGUUCAGAGUGCUACUAUUUCCAACACCCAACUGACACCGAACGCUGUCAGAAGCUCCCGUUCACUUUGAGGAAUCCCUACCCUCUCCUUCUGGUGAACAUUGGCUCAGGGGUCAGCAUUUUGGCUGUGUAUUCAAAGGAGAACUACAGACGGGUGACGGGCACCAGUCUCGGAGGGGGAACCUUCUUUGGGCUCUGCUGCCUUCUCACGGGUUGCUCCACCUUUGAGGAGGCCAUGGAGAUGGCAUCCCGUGGGGACAGCACCAAAGUGGACAAGUUGGUGAGGGACAUUUAUGGAGGAGACUACGAGCGGUUCGGGCUGCCAGGCUGGGCCGUAGCAUCCAGUUUUGGAAACAUGAUGAGCAAGGAGAAGAGGGAAUCUGUGAGCAAAGAGGACCUGGCCAAGGCCACCUUGAUAACCAUCACCAACAACAUCGGCUCCAUCGCACGGAUGUGUGCGCUCAAUGAGAACAUCGACCGGGUCGUCUUCAUCGGCAAUUUCCUCCGGAUCAACACCAUCUCCAUGAAGCUUCUGGCCUAUGCUUUGGACUACUGGUCGAAGGGACAGCUGAAAGCACUGUUCUUGGAACACGAGGGUUACUUUGGUGCAGUUGGUGCUCUGCUGGAGCUCCUGGACUCAGCCUGAUCCAUCCAGGUUCCAUACGUUCAAGCAAUGAAGUCACAGUGCCCACAUGAAGCUUUAAAGCACUUUCAUCAAUGCCUCUGAGUGCUGUAUGUCUGUUUAGUUCCCAUAUUACAGGUGUCAGCUGCAAGGUUCUGUGUUCUGCAGAUGAAAGAUGUCACAUUCUCAUUGUCCUACAAAUCUGUGGAGGGGUGAGAACUGCAGCACAUAACACCAUAAGGACCAUUCCUGUUCCCUCCAGACCCCACAGUGCUCUGCUGGACACAGUCAUGCUAUCAGCAGGGCUGCAUAUAACAAUACCAAAGAGUUUACUGUUUCUUUCAGUCAUGUAUUUGGGAUUUGUUCUGUAAUGCUUCAUUCAGUGCUUAUACACUAAAGUAGUUUGGGGGGUGAAGCUGCCCUUUCCAUAUACAUAGCAGUUGUUCUUUCUUGUGUUUCCUCCUUGCGCACAGCCUGAAUUAGGCUGUGCACUUUGCAACCUCUGAGGAUGCUCUGCUCUCAGGACAUGGAUUUGGAAGUAGCACGCUGCUUCCUCAAUAAAUGAUCAGAACAACAGA